CAUUUCAGUCGGAUAAUUGCCAGAGCUCUCGCUUCACCAUGUCUUGCGGAAAUCCGGAUGCCGAUCCAGCGGAGACACUUAUGCCUCGGAAACCGAAGUAUGAUAGGGGAAAAAAUUGCAUCAAAUGCAAAGACGCAGGAGGAAGCAUCGUUAUUCGACAUGCUGUUUACUGCAAGAACUGCUUUCAGCCUCUAAUCUCUGCCAAGUUCAGAAAGACACUCGAACCACAUAUAAAUCUGCAAGCCGAUGGUCCUCGCCGUUCGGCUCUCAAACCUGCUGGAGACCUCCUCGUCGGCAUUUCCGGUGGUCUGGGCUCCACCGUCCUACUCGAUCUCGUACACAGAACCUACCUUGCUCCUCGGGGUACGACGGAUGACUAUGGAGGAAAAUCGCAUCCGAGAAAGGAUAAGGUGUGGAAGAAGAUUCGAGUAUGCUAUGUAGAGCUUUGUGAUGCGUUUUCUGGAAUGGAAGACAGAACAGAGAUGGUUCGAAGUUCAGUCGAACGAUAUGAGGGCUUUGAGUUCAUCGCGUUACGAGUCCAAGAUGCUUUCGAUCCUGCUUGGUGGCUGAAAACAACCGGUGCUCAAAUGCCUGCCAGUCUGUCUGUGGAUCUCACGAACGAAGAUCUUCCACUUUCGUCAUCUUCUUCAGGAUCUCCCCCUUCACCCCUGUCAUCCCUGCAGACCUAUCUUCGCUCGCUGCCCACUCAGACCGCUAUCCCGACAUCUAUAUCUACCCUCGUUCGCGUCCUCCUGUGUUAUACCGCCAAAUCGACCGGAUCUUCACAUCUCGUUCUCGGCACAUCCCUCACAUCGCUGUCUAUUGCUCUCAUAUCAUCAAUUUCCCAAGGCGGAGGUUUCGUCGUGCCGCAGGAGUCGUACGAAGAGUGGAGUCUUCCAAAAACUCAGCUUCCCGCCACAUCUGCGCCGUCGGAGAUGGGAAAAAAGAGGAAGAAGGAAUGGAAAGGGGAGGUCCGGGUCGUACGACCGUUGCGAGAGAUUGGGAUGAAGGAGUGCGCAGCCUGGGCAUGGUGGAACGAGCUCCCAGUAGUUGGAAAAGAGAAACUACCCGGUAUUAGGCAAACGGUUGGCGGAUUAACCAAAGACUUCAUUGUCGGCCUAGAAAAAGACUUUCCAUCCACCGUCUCGACUAUUGCGCGGACGUGUGGUAAACUCGCACCCAAGGACGAACAGGGUGAAAAUUGCGCGCUGUGUGAGAGGCCCGCCCAACGAACCGUCCAGGACUGGAAGGCCCGAAUAUCUAUCAGGUCAAUUACCGCUGAGAAUACACCCUCGGCAGCCCGUCAACAAACUCUCACCCCACGCCUCUGUUAUUCUUGCCAUACGACUCUUACAAGCAAAAGCCCUCGUUCGGUCGUAUCGGCGACGAAGACAGGAACCUCUACACCGACUGGUAGCCAACCACCAUCGGCAGCUGUUCCUCUUCCGGUCUGGGUCGCAUCAAAUCUUUGCCAUAGCACCGGUCCAGGUCAACUCAACGAUGGUCAACUCGGCUUGAACGCCAUUGAGUCGAGUGGAGCACUAGACGAGGAGUUAUGGGAACGGAAGAAGAUGGACGAGGACAAGUUGAAGGGGGUCAUUGGCGAGUUUCUGUUAGAGGAGGCAUGACCGUCACGUCAUUGUUGUAUUUCUAGUGCGUACUGUUUCGAUGUUUCAGCACGGGGUCAGUGUAUCCCCAAAAAAUUUAGGUCC